UAGAAGAAUACUUAAACUAGAUAGUAUAUUACUUAAGAGUUUCCAUAAAGAGUACACUUGAUCAUCAACAAAAUGUAUAGUGGUUCAAAUUCAGCAGCAAGAUUGGAAAAAAAGUAUGUGGAGAAGAAUAGAAGGAACAAGAUGAAGACACUCUUUAACCAGCUUUAUUCCCUCCUCCCAUCUCAUCCCUUUCAGGAAGCAAUGUCAUUGCCAGAUCAAAUAAAUGCAGCAAUAAAAUAUAUAAAAAGCUCGGAAAUCAAAUUGGAGAAGAGCAAAAUGCAAUUGGAAAAAUUAAGGAGUAAAAAAAGGCCUACUUUAUUAUGCAUGGAAAAUCAUGAUUCCAAUACAAGUACCAGCAAAUUAUCACCUCAGAUUGAGAUCCAAGAAAUGAACCCAACAAUGGACUUAAUUUUGAUCACUGCCCUUGAUAAUAUAGCUAUGUUUUAUAACAUAAUUAGGUUACUUCAUGAGGAAGGUUUUGAAGUAAUUAAUGCCAAUUUUUCACUCCAUGGGAACUCUAUGAUGCAGAUUUUACAUGAAAAUAAGAUUAUUGGGAAGUCAACAUUAAUGGAGUCUAGAGCUACAAGGGUGUAUACAAGACUGAAGGAAUUGAUAUAUGUAUCUUCUUCUUCAACUGAUGAUAUUAUUGAAACCCUACUGCAUUCAUGGGAUUAUGAAAUUCAUUCUGAAAUGCUAGGGUUAAUUAAUUUGUUGUAAAAGAUUUAAUAAAGUAUAACUCACGAGUUUUUGCUUAAAAUUAACCUUUGUAAUAAGUCGUUUGUGGUGUCGUAAGAGGACUCAAGUUUUUUUUUUUUUUCCUGAUAUCCCAUCCGAUCUCUAAUAUUCAUAUUGGAGUUCAACUAAUUUGAUUUCGAGUCUAAAAAUUUCACUAUAGGGAGUAAGGAGUAAGCGCUCCCUCUCCACCACAAUUGAUGUGUGGUAAGUUAUUAAAUUAUAUACUCAUUGGAAGUGCAAUAAAUAUUUUUAUUUUCUUUGUAUUAAUUUAUUGUAGAAGAUUAUUUGUUUAUAUUACUUUUAACUUGAUAAACUGCAAGCAGCAAGAUCAUUGACUUGGUCCAAUAUCUUCAAAAAUAAGUGCAUCAAAACAAACAAUGUAUGUGUGAUUUUUUUUAUGUUGGCGCCUCAGUCAUAUUUGCUUGAAUAAAUAUAAAAAAGGUUGAAAUUUUAGCCAAUUGCAUUUGUAUUUGAAUAAAAAUAAUAAUUUGUUCUUCGAAUUUUAACACAUAAAUAUAAUUUAAAUAUACUCAAAUUUAAAAUAUAAGUUUCAUAUAUCAUAAAGAAUAAAACACGACCACCAUGUUGAAAAAUCGGGCACACACAACGAAAGCAAAUAUACAAAAUCACUUUAAUGUAAUAUAGACAACCGACAUAAUCACAUACUUCA